AUGGCAUUCAUACAACACCAAGAAGUUUUUUUCUCAUAUUCUCAAGAGAAUGUUUGCAGAGACAGCAUUUUUAAUACCAAUCCAAAUACAUGUUUUCAUAGUCAAAAAAAAUUUGACCAUUGUGCUGCGGCACUAAAUGAUGACCUACAAUUUCCUGCCGAUGACAUUUCACGAGUGCAAAUGUUGUUGGAAUAUCUCAAUAUCAAUGGCGAUAAUAAUACCAUCGCCGAGGAAACCAAAACUUUUGACCCAACCACAUUGCAUUUCGAAGAUUUCGACGGUGUCUAUUAUGAAGACGAGACUUCAUCAUCCAAUAAUAACAGCAAUUACGAUGACGACUACUGUUCCUCGGAUUUUGACAGCAUCGAGUACUCGGACGGAAAAUCAUCAUCCACAGACGACGACGAAAGUUUGCAAGAUUUCACCCCAAUCGACGAGUGGAGAAAAAAUUGUCUCUACGAUACCGAAGAUCAAUUAAUUUCAAACUUCCAAUUGACGCCGGUGAAACGUCGCCGAAUUUCAAAGUGUAUGCAGUAUGAGCGACAAUUACGAGAGCUCGAACAAGAAAUGGAGGAUCGGUUAAUUGAACAAGAGAUUAUGGGAUGGAUGGAUGAAUGUGAAGAACAAGAGAAUGCAGCUUAUAGUACUCGGGAUUUUCUAGUUUGCUAUUCUAAAGAGUUUUUGCAAUUAGACGCGCGCGCUAUCAAUUGUUUUGUUCAAUUUGCUCCAAUCACUUUUCGCACCAAUAAACGUUCAAAAUGGCGUGGAACUUUUAAAGCGUGGGUACUACGGUGA